AUGCAUUCGAAAUUCCUUUCAGGCGCCGUGCUCUUCGCGGGCAUCAGCCCUCUAGCCUCUGCUAUCGUCAUCAAAGGCGCGAUGAUUGACCGCCGUUCGCCAGUUUCAAAUUCCCUUUCAUCGCCUCUUGAAGAGCGAGGUCUAUCGUUUUGCCAACCGAUCAAGAAGAUCGUUGAACUUCUCAAAGUACAACAGGCAACUGCGUUCUGUAGUUCUUAUUUAAAAAUUGGGACAGUUUCUAUUCCAGCCACGCAAGUAGUUCAAACUUAUACUACAACUACAGCUACGGUUGAGGAGACGAUCACGGCAAUUGUCACAGCUGCUACAGAUGUCCUCACAUUCGCAGAGACAGAAGUAAUUGCUACACUACCCACCAUUGUAGCUACAGACACACUCAUUGUGGACUCUACAACUACAGUCUUUUCCACCCCGGCCGCUAAGACUGUUACCACCACUACGUACACCACGGCUGCUGCUGCUAAGCGGGACGUCGAGGCCGAGAAGCGAAAUAUUAAAGUACCCCCUUUUAUCGGUGGCUUUGCCCCUAGCGUUAUCUCUAAGGCCUGCUCUUGCCUGGAACUCCCAACUCCCACCGUCACCGUCACCGCUACUUCAGUCAACUCUAACACCGUCCAAACUCAAACCACUGAGACUAAAACAAAUACCAAAUAUAUCACAGUCACCGUCAGUACGACAGAGACUGCCAAGGCUACCACUUAUAGCCCUACCACGGCGACAAUCACCAGCACCAAUGUAGUCACCAAAACAUCAGUGCUUCCAGAACCAACUAUCACGAGUACCAAGACAUUGGCUUUUAGACCGCAAUGCACUAGUCUUCUAGCAAAGUCAAGAUUGGUCCAAUACGUCGUCACACCAGGCAGGAGGGCAGCCUAUUCGCCAAUUAACGAGCCUAUACUUCCCGGUGAUGGUGCUUCCGAAUAUACUCACAGCCUCUGCUGUGAGAUGGCAUAUGAAAUCAAAGACGUUCUGUAUACUGCUGUACUUAGCGAAAGGGAUGGUGUAUGGACUUGUAGAAGAUACUACUCUUAUGAUACUGCUCCUUCUGGUGCCUCUGAACAGUGUCCAAAGGGUCGUCCUAGUGGAGAGUAUACUGGACCCCGUGUUGGUACUUAUGAGAUUUACAAAUCCAAUAUCGUCGGGCCAUGUCUUGGAUUUGAUGGAGCGCUUUAG